CUGUGUGUUGAAAAGCAAGAGUGCAUAUAAUGACCGGAAAUUAAGUUCGCUUUUACCGUGCCUGGGGGGAUUUGGAAGGAUGACAAGGUAAGCUGGCUUUUGACUUGAUGCCAUCACUUUGUACUCAUUGUCAGCCCUAGAUCAUUCAUUCUAGCGGCUUGACAAGAGCUUCAAAGAAGAGGAUCAUUCCAUUUUGAAAGAUCGACAGGCGUACAAAAGCCAUCAAAUCACACGACAACUCUUCCUCCCUCAUCAUAGAAAUAGACAGCAUGGCAUCAACAAAGCUGAUCGAAUCAUUGCGCAAUGGACCUGGUUCAUCCUUGAUUCAGCCCACAUCAAGAGCUUUCAUGCUAGGAUACCUAUUAGACGUUUUACCAACAUUAUUCAAACAAGUAUUACGAUAUGUAGUCGUCACCCUGCGCACAAUCGCACGUACACGAAAGCGUAUUUCACAAGAAAGAGCAGCUUCACAAUCAUCACUUGGCAUAACAUCCACUGGCACACAAAUAGAAGCUCCUUCAAGCUCGAAAACAACAUUAUACGGAGAUGGAAUCAAACCAGCCCUACAGCAACUACCGCUCUUGUUGCAAUCUAUCGUCAAGGCCCUUUUGACUUCCUUGGGACCAAAGGGUGUAGCAUUCACUUGUGCUCUUGCAAUGACUAGUACUAUGUUGAUGGAUUCUCUCAUCUCGAGCAUACUCAUGCGCCCUACCAAGAACGCAUUCACCAAUGCUGCCGUCAGAACAGGCCGUCGUCAAGCAUUCAGCACAUUCGUCAGCGCUGCUAUCUCGAGUUCCUUUGCCCUCUAUAUGAUCCAAAAGGAUGCCAUAGGAGACCAUAACGCACUCAAAGCACAAUAUCCAUUUCGAAUUCCUUUCCGCAAAUCAUCGAGCAACAAUAGAUUAUUACCGACACCUUUGGCUCCAGGAGGACAUUUCUUGGCCCGUCUUACGAGUUUGAGUGUGCCUGCAACACCACUAGAAAAGGGAAGCAGAAGUCCGGUAGAGAAAUCCUUCGCUAAACUACCCCCCUCAUCUCCUCAGGAUGAGAAGGAUCCUUCUCGCUCUCGCUCUUCAUCUUCCGCUCAGACUGAUCCUUCUAGUGACGAGCUCGGCACAGCAAGUCCAACGAUCGAUCUAUCCCUCUUUGCCUUGGUACGUGCAAUGGAUACUUUCGUUCGUGUUGUACCACUUCUUUUCGCUUCUCGUAUCAGUUUGAGAGGUACUGCAGUAGGACCUUCUGCGGGAAUGAAGUUGGACACAUCCCGUAAUCACUUGAAUAACGCUCAAAGACAAGCAAGAACAUCGUUACCUGUUCACUUGUUGCAAUCGUUAGGCAGAUUUGGAAAAGAACAAGCAGAAGGAUUGACUUUCGUUGUUGCAUGUGCGAUCAUCAUGUACAAUUGGUUCUAUCAUCCUGAACGCUUACCACCUACAUAUGUGAAAUGGAUUUCGAAUUUGGCAAGCAUGGAUCAUCGUCUAUUGGAAGCACUAAGGUGUAUCAGAAAUGGCAAGCCGCACUACUUGCGAUACGGUGAUCGACAAACUGAGCCAGCAGCAAUUGAUCUGCUAGGAUCGCUAUCAGAAUCAAUGGGACAUCCUUACGGAUGGGGAGACAUCACAAGAUUACCACAUACUCGCGAGGAAGCAAAACAGAUGAAGAAAGAAGCGAUCAAGAAUGGCGAUCAAUCACAGUACAUUCUACAUGGAGCCGCAGGACCACGAGGCAGAGGAGAUUUGGGUGGAUUACCGUGUGAAUUGGUUCAUUGCGGUAUUGGUGGACCGAAUUGUUUCAAAAAUGCACUUUAUCGUUUCUUACGUGCAUGGAAAGUUUGUAUGGGAAUUUAUUUCCCGGUUCAUUUGGUGCCAAGGUUAAUCUUUGGACCUGGACAAUUCAAACGUGAACCUAUUCAAGCUUUAACGAAAGUAUUGAAAGGAAGUAUGCGUAGUGCAACAUUCUUGUCAACUUAUAUUGCAAGUAUUUGGUUCAUGGUUUGCAUGGCACGUUCGAUGGUCUUGCCACGCUUGUUCCCCAAUAUCUCUUUCCGGUACUGGGAUAGCGGUCUAGGACCCAUCCUUGGUUCAUGGACCUGUGGCUGGAGUGUGUUUAUCGAAGAGAAACGCAAGAGAGCCGAAAUGGCAUUGUAUGUUGCACCAAGAGCAUUGUUCGCUUUAGCAGAAAUGUCAAAGCCAGGAUGGUUAUCGAAAGGACAAAAGAGUGCUUUACAAGCUGAGAGAUUGUUAUUUGGAAUGAGCGUUGGUAUCGUUAUUGCUGCUGCUAAACAUCGACCUGAAGUUCUUCGUGGACUUACCGCUUUGAUUGGUUGGGUUGUUGCACCGGCACCACAAGCAGGAUCGAAGCGUGUUCGUGCUACUGCACCCAGAUCAGCAUGAUUACCUUUCGCAUUUUAGGAUCUUCUUAGCCAUUUGUAGACUAUAAAAACAAUUCCUUUGUUGCAUGUUCGCAGAGUUGUAAACACACAGAAAGAGUGGAUGAAAUGGAUGGAUUAUGUAUACAAUAUGAAUUAAAGAUUACAAAUACAGGAAUGGCAAAUUUAU